UAUUGACACAUGAAUGUUAAUUGACAUUAUCAGUAUUUUCCUUGUAUAUUUAAUCAAGUAUAAAAUAAUAAUGAAUAACCAAGUGCGGCAUCCUUAUGAAGGACUUCUUCACAAAUAUACAAAUGCCAUGAAGGGCUGGCAAUAUAGAUGGUUUAACCUCAGUCCUGAAACUGGAGAGUUACAUUACUUUUUGAGUGAAUCGGAAAAAAAUCAAAGACCAAGAUGUUCAAUUUACUUGGCUGGAGCCGUAAUAGCACCCAGCGAUGAAGAUUCCAAUACUUUCACUGUGAAUUCAGCCACUGGUGACAUGAUAAAGCUCCGAGCAACAGAUGCUCGCGCUCGACAAGAAUGGGUUGACAAAUUGAGAGCAGUUACGGAAAUGUAUACACGAGCUAUUGCUAGUAGUCACCCACCCUUGCCUCCACGAGAGCACUCAGCCAAUUCAUCAAGACAUCCUGUUGCUAAACUUGAAGUUCUUGAUGCUUUUGCAAAUUGUCGAGAACAACUCAAUCGUGUUGAAAAACAGACUCAAAGCCUUUCCCAAAUUAUUGAUACCUCAAUUUUCCAUCUUGAGCACGAGCUUUUAAUUUUAAAAGCCACUGCUCAUGCAACUAUGCACACUUUGAAUCAAUGUUUAAACAUUUUAUAUCAAUAACUGUAUAAUAAUAAGAGAGAAAAUUUAAAUCA